CCCGUCCGAUGCAAAUAUCGGGUACGCCCUCGCUUCGUCUCAAGGCUCCCUGCAGCGCUCCACACGCGGAUGCAAGUGCGCCGCAAAAAACGUGGGAUGGGAGUGCCAUUGCGAUUGCUGGGCUCGGAAGCUUUGAUGGGACUGGCGAUGGGAGGGGAAACAAAACGAAAGAGAGGUCGCACGUGUCGGCAAGUCGGCGGCAAAGGUUCGUUUGGGAAGCAUGCAACGGGAUGGAUGGAGGGAUAGUCAGGGGCAAGAAAGCUACCCCGCAGGUGUCGGACAUGCUACCUUAUCCAUCCCUUCCAUUUUCUUGGUGACCACUCCAAUCACGCCGGGAUGGAAGACUUGAACUGCCCCUGGGAUGUCGAGAUGGAGGGUUGUCCCCCGCGCCGGUGGCGAUGGGCGAUGUGGCCAUCGGAUUGGUGCGUGUCACUCUGGUUCCUGAGGAUCAUGGGCACUCAGAAGGGAGUCCCUUUGGUUGGAAGAGGGCUGGUUGGCUUAUAUCCUCACACAUCAAGAUUUGAUCAACGGUCAUGUUGGAGUACUGUGAAUUUGCUACCAUCAUCAGUGCUACUCUACGGUGUUAUACGUUGUGGUUCUAGACUCUGGUAUCUCUUGGACUGUGAUGAGAUACAUCAUACAGGCCACUUACAUGACAGAGUGCUAGCCAACCGAGGCCAUGGCGGCAUCCCGAGUCCAACCCGCCGACGAUCAACCAAAUCGGAGUGCAUGAGAACGUGCCACAGAAACGCAGGGACUGCAUCACCAGCCGCCACACCGGUGCAUCACUUCCCCGCGUCCAGACUUCUGGACGUACGUUGUACUACAGUUGCUUACGAAUACCUCCAUACAUAUGUACAAACUCGCCAUGCAAGGAGGCGCCUGUCAUCAUCAACCCGCGUCCGCACUCCCACCCAAGGUCAGCCCAGGCAUGAGGAUGCGCACCGGGGGGCGUUGAAACAAAAUGCAACGGCAAGUCUCUUUCCAGGUCGGACAGCGAGGAUGCCGGUGACGGCAAGGGCGAUCACGGUUUCAGGGGCGUGGGCGGGGGCCGGGGCGCCUCGGGGGAAGAUAACGGUGCCCGUCGCCGUUUUCAACGUCUCUGCGGUGGAGAUGCUCCGGAUGAGGCCCAGACCUGAUCAGAAGCCCCCUUGCUUACUUGUAUCGAGCAAGGAGGUGUAGUAUGUACACCCUUGCUUGCCGGGUUUGCGACUUAGAUACAAUGUGAUCACAGUCCCAACGGCCUGGGACUCCUUCUCUGGGCUUGGUACGGAUCUAGACCUGCUCACUUGUGUGCAUAUGAGAGCCCGGAACAUGGUCGUGUAGCGGCCCGGAAGGGGGCCCGGUGUGUGCUCAGAGGGAAGUUCUCGCGGAUUUGAAUUAGACGUUGGCCCAUUGCCCAGUUUGUUAGUUGAGCACACCUUCUCGGCCGGGCCCAUCACUGCGGCCGAGAUAAGCGAGACCUUAUGCCCAGACCCCUCUC